ACUGUCUCAUCAAAAAGCAAAAACAAAAAAACCAAGAUAAAACAAAAAAAAAAUUAAAAAAUCAAUUCUGAUGCCUGUGCUAUAAACAAACCUCGUUGGCAAGGAGAGAUCAGGAGACAAAUCAAAUGAAAAAAAGACUGAGUAUAAAAUAUCUUUCAUAUAUUACAUAAUGAAAAUUAAAAUUUAUAAUUACAGGAAACCAUCAGGCCUAAUAUAUUGUCGAAAUUAUUCAUGUACCCAUGAUGAAGUGGAAAAAUAAUGGAAGAGAAAUAUUCCACUAACAUCCAAAAUCAUGCAGUUGACAGGCAAAUUUCCUUGUCUGAAACAGAAUUUGCAUGUUAAUUGACAUUCUAUAAUCAUUUUAGGUACAAAUUUUUAUUUUAUGAGAUAUUUGCCAUGUAGUUGAAUUAGAUAAGAAAACAGUUGUAGCUUAUUUUACAUCAUGCUUAUUAGGUCUUUUCACACAAAAGAAUAUCAUCUAAGCAAAAAGCCCAUUUAGGAUUGACUAUUUUUAGAAAUUCCAAUUAGGACACCACCAAAAAGUUAUUUAUUCCUCCAAGAUACAAAAUAGAUCCUAAAUAUAAAAUUUUGUUUUGUUCAUAGGUACAGCUUUAAAAGCAGUAAUUCCAAAACUGUUCUAGAACCAAACUGAAUUAUCAGAAAGAGUUUUAAAUUGACCACAUUCCACAACAUACAGUUUCCCCUGAACUCUUAAUUUCUCACUGUCUAAAAAGCUGUUUUUAUCAUGGGAAAUAUAACCAAAAGAGGAACUAGAGGCCCAGUAACUGACAGAGCCUCUUCUACUGAACCAGUAAGAUCAAAAGCACUUCAUACCAAGCUCUAUGAAGCCAUAAUGAGAGAAGAUUGUACUACCAUUGAAACCCUACUAAGAAAUCAUCCUGUGAACCAACCAAUGACUGUUUUGGCCAAUUCCACAUGCUACAGAUUACUUCUGAACCAGACACAAUCUACCAUUCCCAUUCAUCUGGCUGCUAAAUAUCGAAAAGCACAAAGUUUGCUUUGCUUGCUAGAACAUGGUGCUGAUCCAGAAAUAAGGGACACCAGAGGUCACACCACACUUCAUCUCAUGCUCCUACAUUGGCCAAUUACCCCUGCCACUUGGACAGAACCAGUAAACCGUAUUCAGAGAAUCCUGACAGAUAUACAGAAUCAUGCUGUAAUGUGUCUUCAUAUCUUAUGUGAGCAUGGAGCUCUGGUUAAUGCUCGAGUAGACAAUGACUGCAAAUAUUCACCGCUCCAUCUGGCCAUACGCUAUGGUACCUAUCCAGUUCUCUCCAUUCUAACCCAGAAUGGUGCUCAUGUCAAUGCCGUUGAUGAAUCAUGCAUGACACCCCUUCACAUGGCUGCUGGCAUACUGAACAAGGAGAUGACUGAAACUCUAAUUGCUUGUCGAGCAAAUGUAAAUUGUGCUGUCCCUGCUACCGGGAAUACUGCCCUUAAACUGGCAGUAUGUGCUGCAUCAACUAAAGCAGGCAGGUUAUUGGCAGCAGAUAUAAGCUGUAUCCGUUUACUUUUAACUAAUGAAGCAAAAGUAAAUGCCCAGGAUCAUGAAGGACAAACUGCUAUACAUGAAGCAUGUUUUGGAGGCAGAGAAGCAAUAAUUAAUCUACUACUUGAAUUUGAGGCAGAUGUUAAUAUCUUAACAAGAAAUGGAGAAGCUCCAAUUUUUAUGUUUCUUCAGCGCAGAUCCAAUAUAAGAGAUACAACACUGCUUGACAAGCUCCUCUAUCUCUCUUAUCCUCUGAAACUGACCAACAAUCAAGGAAUUCUACCUACAGGACUUCUACUACCAGAAUUUCAUCUACUAAAGGAAACCCUAAUAAAGUUAUCACAAAAACCUUUAUCCCUACAGGUGAUCUGUAAAAAUAACAUCAGAAAAUUUUAUGGAGAAAAAUAUAAACAACACUUAAAACAACUUCUCCCACUGAAGAUAUGGGAUUCUAUAUACAGUUACUGUGACUUAUCCCAACUCUUGAAAUAAAACCUCAUAAUUUCAUAGUUCCAUAGCAUUUCAGCAACUCAAAUAGCAUCUUCUGGUUAAAGAAGACUAUUUGCAGUACUUUGUACAUCUUGAUUGUACAAACCAUUGAUUCCUAAACCUUUUUACAAUAAA